CCACGGGAUUUGCAAAAAUCACGUAGCCAACAGGGAUGAUGGGAGAUGGAGAAAUAUUUUCUCUAACACAUACUAUGACAAUAAAAGGCACGCAUGCCCAGCAGGCCUUCAGGACUGAGCCCUGGAACCUCACUGUGCGAAUGGGAGCCACAGCUGUGCUGAAGUGUGAGGUCCUCAGGGCCUCUGGGAUUGUGCAGUGGGCGAAAGACGGCUUUCUUUUGGGACCUCAGAGAAGCCUGCCAGGCUUCCCACGCUACAGCAUGAUUGGAAGGAGAGGACAGUAUAAUCUCAGGAUUGAAGAUGCACAACUUGAUGAUGAUGCCUUCUUUGAAUGCCAAGCCAGCCAAUCUGAGAGAAGUGAUGCUAUUGUCUCCAAUCCAGCCUUUCUCACCGUACAAAUUCCCCCAUCGAAGCCGUAUUUUACCACGGAUGUGACAACACCCUGGGUGGCUGGAAAGAAGUACAAGGUUGAGUGCGUGGCCCCUGACGCAAAGCCUGAAGCUGAUAUCACUCUGUAUAAAGAUGGAGUCGAUCUGACAGGUGCGACGUCUUUUACCACAUCUGGCUCAAAGGAUAAGCUUCUGAACACGCACGCUGAAGUAACGGUCACUGCUCUGAAAUCUGACAAUGGGAGAGAGUUGACAUGCCACGCCAACAAUGAAGCCGUUUUCCAGCCGGUGGUGACCACAGUGACCAUGGAUGUGUAUUAUCCUCCUGAGCCUCCAUAUAUUAUUGGUUUGGACAGAGACGUGGUAAAAGCAGGGAGUUUGCUCGUGUUGGAGUGUGUAUCCCAUGGUGGAAACCCCCUGGGCACUCUCCAAUGGACUAAGGAAGGCGAAGUUCUCUCAACAACCUGGGAAGAGGAAGUCAUGGGCCAGAAGUCCAGAAAUAUCCUCAAACUAAAGAUCACCCCUGCUGACAACCAGGCAGAGCUGAGCUGUGAAAGUGCCAAUAUUGUCUCCCUGUCUCCUCUGUCCAUCACCCGCAAAAUAACAGUAUUCUUCGGCCCUGCGAAGCUGACGCUGUCGGGUUCGCUGGAGGCCAUCGAAGGGCAGGAGUUGACUCUGAGCUGCCAUGCGUCCUCGAGCAAUCCCCCCGUCCACAUUCGCUGGUGGCUGGGGCACAAGGAGCUCAGCAACACCUCUGUCACAAUGGAAGAGGGAGAGAACGGAGGGAUAACAACCACCUCCAAUGUGACCCACCAGGUCUCCCGGGAGGAGAAUGGACUCGAGCUUACCUGUGAGGCCUUUAAUAAUGGCACACAUUUCUCCAAAAUCCAGGCCGCUAAGCUAGCUGUAUACUAUCCUCCACAAAAAGUUUUUAUUGAUUCACCGCCCGAGGACAUCCCUCUGCGCUCGGGCACCAGAGCCCUGCUUGUUUGCCACUCGGCUGGAGGGAAUCCUCCUGCGAAGCUUACCUGGUUUAAGAAUGGAAAAAAGGUUUCAGAUGCAAAGCCACAGACGUCCUCUAAUAUGGUUGUAACUCGGGUGCUCAACCUGCUCUUGACGGCGAGCGACAACCAGGCUGCCUACCGCUGUGAUGCCACAAAUGAGGCAAAGAGAACAAUAUCAGCACAUGCUAAGCUGCUGGUCCAGUUUACAGCCGUGAGUAUGAAGAUUACAGCCAAAGAAGAAGUAUUUUACCGAGGUCAGCAGAUGGAACUGGACUGUCUUUCUGGGAGCAGCAACCCAAAGUCCGACAUUUCCUGGAAAGUGGGCACAUUGAGAUUCCAGGGAGUUGAGGAGGCACCCAAGAAGGCUGAGUUUGGAGGCGUUUCUGUUCUCAGUAGGCUUCACCUGAAUCUGACUUCACAACACCACAACCAGAAGGUGAUCUGUCAGGCCUACAGUCCUGUGUUGGAAGAGGGAGCUAACACAUUUUACCAACUGAAUGUGCUAUAUCCUCCUGAAUUCAGUUCUGAGCAAGCAACAGAAGUCCAGGUGGUGGAGGAUGAUGUGGCAACCAUCCCCCUGAUGGUCUCAGCAAACCCCGAGGUGGUCUCCUGCAUUUGGCUGCGCCGCAAGCAGAUGCUGGUCAAAGGGGAAGACAUACGCCACCACUGGUCGGAUGACCACUCUCUGGAGAUUAGGAAUGUGACAAGAAAAGAUGGCGGACUUUACACUAUCAAAUGUGAAAAUGGUGAAGGUGUCAACGAAACCACUGUUAAGCUGGAUGUUUACUAUGCUCCGACUGUCAAGGCAGAGAAAGACCCUGUGUAUGUUAACCAGGGGGGGACAGCAGACCUGAUAUGUGUGGCAGAUGCCAACCCCAUUAUACCGGAGAUGUUCUCUUGGAAAUGGCUGGGAGAGGAAGAAGUGGAGAUGGGAGAGGAGACCAACGAAAACAAAUCAAGCUUGCUGACCAUUCAUAAUGUGACUCGGGCUCAUGCUGGUUUUUACCAGUGUACGGCCAGCAAUGGCAUAGCACUCCCUGGCAGUGUGGAAAUGAAGCUGGUGGUGCAAUUCACUCCGGAACUUCGGAAAGGACCCCAGUGGAGGAAGGUUGCCAGUCGAGGGGAUGGCACUGCCACUGCUGAGUUGGUGUGUCAGGCAGAGGGCAUUCCUCCUGUAGAGUUUACUUGGGAAAAGAAAGGGAUGCUCAUAGAUUUGGCAAAUCCCAGGUAUGAGGAGAGGACAGCGAGGGAUGGCUCUUUCCACACCAGUACUCUGCGAGUGGUGAAUGUGAGCGCCACUCUGGACUACGCCGUCUUCAGCUGCACUGCUCGCAACUCACUUGGGGAAGACAAGCUAGACAUCCAGCUCGUCAGCACAAGUAUUGCAUCUGCAUACAUUUCCAUUUUAAGUGCAAUUGGGCGUGCGUCUCUGGGUGACUGUGGUUUCAGCAGUAUUCUUACUUGGUGCCUUGCAAAACUCUAUAACCUCAGCAGAGUCCUGGAGGGUUCAUGGGAGUUCACCCAACCUCUCUACAUGUGUUUUGUGGACUUGGAGAAGGAAUUCGACUGUGUCCCUCUGGGAACCAUGCUGGGGUUCUCCAGAGUGACAGACAAGACCUUCGACAUUGUGGUGGACAAUUAUAUCAAGCAUGCCAUCCUCGGUGACACAAAGAGGUUUAGCUCGUCCAAGAGGUGGAAGUUGGAAGAAGUCCCCCACAGCCAAAACAGAGACCCCACCCAUGAACCUGUUGUUCCCCUUGAUUUGUUGAAAUCUCCAGUCAACAUAUGCAAGCAGGUCUUUGGAAACCAUGGAGAUUUCAUCGAUGAUUAA